CCGCAUCUAAGCACACAGCAGCAACUAUAUAUAAUCAUAAGCAAAACUUUUUGUUUUGUUUUCUUUUUCUUAGAAAAAGGAGAAAUAAACAGCUUGGAAGAAUUAAAUUCCAUUGCCAAACAUCAAGAAAGAAAGAAAAGUGGGUAACUGUAAACGUGUUCUACAAGAGACAAGCUUUGUUUGUUUUGUUUUGUUUUUGUCUUUGUUCUCUUUUGUUUUAUGUCUCAAUCUUGUUAGAAUUUUUUGUGUUUUACGUGUUCGGAGAAGUGGAGGAAGAAACAAGAAGCGAAGCUCGGGUUUGUAACGGGAAUAAAAUCAUAAGAACAAGAGAGAUGACGUGGUGCAAUAAUACUGUUGAUGAUAGGGCUCUAGAGAUUGUCACUUCAGCCGCCACCGCCGCCUCAGAAGCAGUCGUUUCGGUCUCCAAAAGUAAUGAAACACCAACCAUUACAUGCCCUUCAUGUGGCCAUAACAUGCCCUACCAUGAUCAGGCGGGGAUUCAUGACUUGCCCGGUUUACCGACAGGAGUGAAAUUUGAUCCCACGGAUCAGGAAAUUCUACAGCAUUUAGGAGCAAAGGUUAUAUUGGACAAGCGCAAGCUUCAUCCAUUGAUCGAUGAGUUUAUUCCAACGCUUGAAGGAGAAAAUGGGAUUUGUUAUACGCACCCAGAGAGGCUUCCAGGUGUAAGCAAAGAUGGCCAAAUUCGACACUUUUUUCAUCGACCAUCCAAGGCGUACACAACAGGGACCAGGAAGAGAAGAAAAGUACACAGCGACGACGAAUACGGAAGCGAAACGAGGUGGCAUAAGACGGGCAAAACCAGACCAGUUUUGGUCGGUGGGACAGUGAAAGGGUUCAAAAAGAUUCUAGUACUCUACGCCAACUACGGUCGGCAAAGGAAGCCGGAGAAGACAAACUGGGUGAUGCAUCAAUAUCACCUUGGGAACAAGGAAGAGGAGAAAGAUGGCGAGUUGGUGGUUUCUAAAGUAUUUUACCAAACUCAGCCUAGACAAUGCAGUCCAAGUGGUAAUAGAACAAACAUUCAAAGUCCUAACGUUGAGUAUUACAAUCAACCUUUCGUUUCAUUUGAUCAUGGAAGUCAUCAUUAUAGGGAAAACCCACCUCAGAUGAUCCCUAAUUUUGUCGUUCAAGGUAACGGGUCUUCGUUUUUUGGGGUAGCCUCUGGUACAAGCAAAGGGAAAGGGAGAUGAUCACUCUGAACAGAAUUUUUUUUUUAGACAAUGACAUGGUUGGUGCUGUUGUUCUGUAAUAAUCGAAAUUAAUUAUCGGAUUAUGAUUUUUCUGAGGAAUUGAAAUAGUGGAAGAAAGAAUAACUCAGGUGAAUGUAUAUCGUCUUCAUGCAUGGUCUUGAGACAAGGGAGCAGCUGCCCUAUAGAGAUGUAUAUUACACUAGCCAUUUCGCAGAACUGUGUUUUAUUUACCACAAUCAUAUAUUAUAUUCAUUCUAGGCAUUUAUUAUAAGGUUUGAUGAGCCACUGAUGACAUUUAUUGAA